AUGGAGAGACGAAAUGAUGACUGGGAGGGUUUUGCAAACCUGAGCCCAGAUUCGGAUAAGCAUAAGCGAAUCCAGCUUCUCUUCUCUUCAGGAAAUUUUGAACAUCUGAAGGCGCGUGCGAUAGAGUCACGAAAAAAAUAUCAACCGAACCUACCCCUAACUGUGAAGUGCGAUAUCAACUUGAAUUGCUUUACAUCUGGUUUCAAUAACGUGGUUCUGGAACUUGCGUUUUCCGACGAGGUUUACUGGAUUGCUCGCAUCCCGUAUCAAGAUUUCAAUGACAGCGACAGAAUCUCAAUGCUCAGUGAGAUUGCUACAAUGAAGAUUAUCCAGGAAAAGACUACCAUUCCAAUACCUCGUGUCUUCGAAUUCGAAGCAUCCGCGGACCAACCUUUUGGUUACCCGUACAUCAUGAUGGAGUACCUAAGUGGCCGGAUCCUCACCGAUGGGCUGGCAACCACUACACCCAUCCAAUAUCGUGUCAAAGUGGCCCAACAGCUUGCAAAUGUUUUCUCGGAGCUUCAGAAACUGAUGUUCAGUCGCAUCGGGCGCCUUUGGUGCGGAGAGAACGUUGAUCAGCCUGUUAAAAUCAUGGCAAUGGCCUGGCAUUCCUCGCCUGGCCCUCUAGAAACUUCAUUAGAAUAUUUCUACAAUCAGAGACAGAGCGAAAACCGGGAAAUUCUUUCCAUGCAUCCACAUGACCCAGAUUGGCUUACAGCUUGUUGGGUAUUGAAAACAGCUCUAACACAUAUCAUCAUCGAGGAUAGAGUCAGAGGUCCCUUUCCUCUCUGCCAUCUUGAUUUGCAUUUUGGCAACAUGCUUUUUGACAAUGAGUACAACCUGGUUGGGAUCAUCGACUGGAGUCAUGCGCAAGCAGGUCCUCUCGAGCAGCUGUCAGUCUGCCCGGAAUUGGUCAUCUUCCCGGGGCUAUCAGAUGAGGAAAACAAGCCAAUUGUUGAGUUCAAGAAGCUCGUCAUAGAGUCGAUAAGAGAAAUGGAAAGAAAUCAAGAAAAGAGUCCCCUUUUGGAUUGUCCAGAGGUGGACUUACUGUUGAGCUCCAAUCUUACACCCCUUUCUGCCUACAUGGCUUCUAGGAGUGCAGAGAUCAUCCAUCGUCAGUACAUGGCUUCACCACAGGGGAGUCUUUGGGCUGGUCAGAUGGUUGCAAAGCUUAUCUAUGGACAGAAUGUCACUUGGGAACAGCUGAGAGAAGUAUUCGGUGCAAUGCCCCCUUUCUAG